AUGCAGAUUCUGAUUGAAAAUGCGAUCUCCAAUGCCAGAACCGACCCGCAGCUGGCGCAGAGGCAGGCCUCCCUGGCGCGGAAGCUGAGCACGCGCCACCGAAUCAGGAUGCCGUAUCACCUCAGGAUGGUCUUCUGUAGGAAGUGCAAGACGUUCAUGGCGCCUGGGGUAAACGCCCGGUUCAGGCUGGGCCGCACCCAUACCAAAUCGAUACGCAUCACAUGCAGCUUCUGCUGCCAUACGUACCGCAAGAUGAUCUAG